AUUUUGGGUGACGAAAUAUUCCUUUCUAUUAAACGUUAAAAUGUCGAAUACCGGCCAAACAUCAAAAAAUUGGCAACCUGCUCAAAUAACAAUAGAAACUGGGUAAAUUAUUUUAAGAGAAUUUUUUAAAUAUUGUUAAAAAUAGCUUGUAUAAAUUUUUAAGCCAGAAAAUGUAAAGAUUGUCUUAAUUUUUCAUUUCUUUUUAUUAUCGUUAGCAUGGGAGACAUCGUAAUAGAAUUGUAUUGGAAACAUGCUCCCAAAACAUGCCGAAAUUUCGCUGAAUUGGCUAGAAGGGGUUACUACAAUGGAAUUAAGUUUCACAGAAUUAUCAAAGAUUUCAUGAUUCAAACUGGAGAUCCAACUGGAACUGGCAAAGGAGGUGCGAGUAUUUAUGGUGAGAAAUUCGACGAUGAAAUCCAUUCUGAACUGAAACAUACUGGAGCUGGAAUCCUAUCAAUGGCAAAUAGUGGACCGAACACAAAUGGAUCGCAAUUUUUUAUAACUUUGGCCCCGACUCAAUGGUUAGACGGAAAGCAUACAAUAUUUGGAAGGGUAUUUUCUGGUAUGGGUAUAGUUGCUCGAAUUGGAAUGGUAGAAACAGAUUCAAAUGAUCGGCCUAUUGAAGAAAUAAAAAUGUUGAAAGUAUACGUAACAGCUAAUUCUCAGAACAUUUGA